UGUGAUGAUGGUGGAUGGAGCAGUGAAGCAGACAUGGCAAACUAUGGAGCAGACUCAGCAGACUCUGAAGCAGCUAUAGACUCAGCAGACUCUGAAGCUGACAAUGUUGAGGAGGGCAUUGAAACACGAGAUGUGCAUGAUCUCGAGACUGAAGCGGCUUGUGAUAUCUCCACAACACAUGGACUGUAUGAAGGGUCUCUAAUCUCUACCAAAGCGACUUUGGCAUUGCUCACACAGUUAGCACAACGUCAUAGGCUUUCAAAAAGCGCUUUGUGUGAUUUUAUGAAAGUUAUUUCAGUACUUUUGCCACAACAGCCAGAUGUACUCAAGUCUGGAUUUCAUUUCAAUAAGGCUGUCAUAAAUUUAACAACACAGUUAGCCAAGCCAAUUGUUCACUAUCUUUGUCCUUGCUGCAAGAGUCUGAUGAAAGAGAAGUCAACGUGCUUGACAGCGGGUUGCCUCUACAGUGGUGUUGAAGAGCCCCUGUAUUUUUUUGAACUCCCGAUUGAAAACCAGAUACAGGCUCUUUUUGCAGAUCAUCCUGAAUUUUAUAAGUCACUUGAAAUCAACUUUGGCAGACGGCAUGGCUGUGUAACCUUGAGCGACGUUUAUGAUGGACAAGUUUAUCAAUCAUUGGUAGAGUCUGGAUACUUGCAGAAUAUCUUCCACCUUACACUGGGAAUGAAUACCGAUGGAGUUCAGUUGUUUAAAUCACCACAAACAAGCAUGUGGCCAGUGUAUUUCAGAAUUAAUGAGUUACCACCUACUCUAAGGUCAUCAAAGAAAUAUCUUCUUCUUGCUGCAGUUUGGUGUAGACAAGAAAAACCACCGAUGCACUGGUUUCUCAGGCCUGUCAUUGAUCGACUUAAUCGACUAUAUACUGAAGGUUUUGAAAUUUGUCGCCCACAAUGCCAACCUGAAAGAUGCCGUCUGAAAGUACUGUUCUGUGUGGCAGAUUUACCAGCUAAGGCUCUGCUUCUCCACUGCCAACAGUACAACGGUUGCUUUGGAUGCUCAGAGUGUGAAAUAAAAGGGCAAGUGGUACCAAGGCUUAGAGGCCACACUACAUCUUUCUGGCAACAGUCUCUUGCCAUUAAGCGAACGCACAAGUCUGUAUGUCAUCAAGCUCAAGUAGCUCUCCAAACAAAUAAGGUAGUUGUGGGAGUAAAGGGUUACUCACCACUUAGCUGGCUUGAUGAAUUUGACGUAGUCAAACAGACACCUAUAGACUACAUGCAUUGUGUUCUCUUAGGAGUCACUAAGAUGUUACUCAAUCUAUGGUUUAACAGUCGCAACAAGACUAAUCCGUACUACAUUGGGCAUCACACUGGCCUGAUUGACGAGAGAUUGUCAAGUAUCUUUCCUCCUACAGAGAUAUCACGAAAGCCAGGGUUAAUAUCUAAGAUGAGUGAUUGGAAGGCAUCUCAGUACCGGGCAUUUUUGUUGUAUUACAUGGUCCCUGUAUUAGCAGAUGUUCUUGAUCAGCAGUAUUGGAUUCAUGCGUUUUGCUUGGCUUCUGCACUUCAUUCUCUUCUGUCCUCGUCAAUAACUGCAGAUGACCUACUAGUCAUUGACCAGUCAUUGAAUCAGUUUGUGACUGAUAUGAAACUACAUUAUGGUCUGGAAUACUGCUCUAUGAACGUUCAUUUACUCACACAUCUGGUCGAUCAUGUCAAAUUAUUUGGGCCUUUAUGGACUCAUUCAUGCUUUGAAUUUGAAUCAGCCAACCUGAGACUCAGGAAUUUGGUACAUGGGAAGCGUUAUCCUGACCAACAGAUUGUUAAUGGAUGGCACCGUGAGCAUUGUGCCUUUAACAUAAGUCAAGAGAGCAAGGAAGUUCAAGCACUGCACGAAUCACUGUCCCAUUCAAGUGUGAGAUCCGAGAAUAACUGCAAUGAGGUGGCAUUGAAGUGUAAAAGAAAACAAUGUUUGGAUGGAGAUCAGGUCUCUGCUUUGAUGAUGGUACUUGGGCAGGCACCUGAAGCUUGUGAACUGUACACGAGAGCAAGUUGGAGUGGGAAGACCUUUUGCAGUUCAGGCUACUUGAAAUCAAAGAGGAUGAACAGUGUGGUCCAGUUUCAGAAGUCUGUGGGAACCACUCAGUUUGGGCUCAUAGAUUGUUUUGUGAGCCCAAUUCCAUCCAUGGCAGACUUUGCUGCUGCACUAGUGCUGCCUUUUGAUGCUAGACCUUUGGCUCCGACAGGUGUACCAUUAAUUCAACAAAAAUGGCUGGCAGUAUCUUUGAGACCAAGAAGUGACUUGCUGGCUAUUCCUAUAAGGAACAUUGUCCGGAAGUGUGUCUAUGUCCAGAUAUCCAGCACCAGAUUCAGAAAUGCUCAGUCCUAUCUAUCUCUCAUCCCUAAUGAAAUAGAAGUAGAUUGAUAAGUUUUACAAUAUUACUAUUUUUAAGUUGUAGCUGGUUGCAUUAUAUCAUGUAUUAUAAUUAUAAAGUGGAUACACAAUAGAGCUUUAUGAGUAUCCAA